GCACUGAACGCAGGCCAUAGGACGUGGAAGGGGAAGAUGGCGGCGCCGGGCCUCCCCACGCCGCUGUAUGGGCAGGUGGGUCUUGGAGCCUUCAGCGACGUGUACGAGCCUUCGGAGGACACGUUCCUGCUCCUGGACGCGCUCGAGGCGGCGGCGGCCGAGCUAGCCGGAGUGGAGAUAUGCCUUGAAGUAGGAGCAGGGUCUGGUGUGGUGUCUGCAUUCCUGGCCUCCAUCAUAGGUCCUCAGGCCUUGUUCAUGUGCACUGACAUCAACCCCCAGGCAGCUGCCUGUACCCUGGAGACAGCGCGCUGUAACAGAGUCCACAUUCAGCCAGUAAUUACAGAUUUGGUCCAAGGCUUGCUGCCCAGAUUGAAGGGGAAAGUUGAUCUGCUGGUGUUUAACCCCCCCUAUGUAGUGACUCCUCCUGAAGAGGUAGGAAGUCACGGAAUAGAAGCAGCUUGGGCUGGUGGAAGAAAUGGUCGGGAAGUCAUGGACAGAUUCUUCCCUCUGGCGUCAGAACUUCUUUCCCCAAGAGGACUGUUCUACUUGGUUACCAUAAAAGAAAACAAUAAAGAAGAAAUUUUUAAAAUACUGAAGACAAAAGGUCUGCAAGGAACCACAGCACUUUGCAGGCAAGCGGGCCAAGAACUCCUAUCAGUCCUCAGGUUCAGCAAGUCCUAGUGUCCCCAGAGCCACCAAAGUACCCGAGAACUGCCUGAAGCUGAAUGCGCUCAGUAGGUUUGAGACUGAUGCCAUUCUUUGGCCAAUAAAUUUUAUCAGAAAUUUGUCACAAAGAAAAAGGUGGAGUCAGCCUGGUCUACAGAGCGAGUUCCAGGACAGCCAGGGUGACACAGAGAAACCAUGUCUUAAAAAAGAAGAAAAGAAAAGGUGCGGCUGGAUAAACGCUGAGAGUGCUGGUACAGAGGGUUGGGAUCCAGUCCUCAGCACCUACAUGGCGGCUCACAGCCACCUGUCACUCCAGUACCAACCGGUCCUGCCCUUUUCUGACCUCCAUUGUAUCAGGCACACACCUCGUAUACAUACAUAAUGCACAACACCCAUACACAGAAAACAAAAUAAACCUUAAAAAGAUGAUGAUGUUAAGCUGGGCCAUGUUGUUUUCAGGGACUCAAGUAUAUGGGUGUUUCUGUAUGUGUGCAAGUACAUGCGUAUAUUCUAUUUAUAAUUAAUUUACAUUUUGUUAUAUUUAUAUAUGAAAGGAUGUUUGACUUAACAUUAGCUGUAAUAGCAAAGUAAUGUGAUCACCCUAGAUGUCCAUCAGAAAGGAUACUAAUUAAAAUAAAUCUCAGCUAUCCAUUCCACUGAACAUAGAGCCAUGAAACCAGUCACUGGAGACCCUGAGCCAGAGGUUCCAUGGUGACUAGUUACACCUGAGUGCAAAGAAGCCGCAGAUGAAUUUUAUCCCCUACUUGCUAUUUUGAAAAGCCACCUGGGGCAGAGUAUUGAUGUGUGCACAUAACAGAGGCUUGGAGGUAAGCUGCAGCAAUAAAAGAACUUUCACUC